CUGGAGGCCAUCUUAAUAGUCCCCAUUCGAUCGGCUCAGUUUAACUCAAGCAGCACCAUGGGUAGGGUGUGGAAAUUUUUUAAUAAGUUAAAGUGUUCGGCUGCAUGCAACACGUGUUGUUGCACAUACGAUACUUUGAAAGAUGAACAGUCUCAGGUCGUCAAAUUGCCUAAUGGAGAUACGAUCAACAUCUAUGGCUAUGAAAGAAGUUAUAAGAGGACCUUUGCAAUAGCGAUCCUGUCUAUCUUUACCUUAUUUAUCGGACUAAUAAUUGCAAGUGUUCGUCCUGGUGGAUUGACGCCAUGGUUUUAUCGGCGUUCGGCUUUAUCCAGUGCAACAAUGGUCAUGCUGACGCCGAAAUCUUUUGUAAAUGUUCAGCGUGAUAGUGACGGUCGCCGAUGGUUUAUUUGGCGACACUACCGUUUUAUUUGGUGUGCUCAGUCUGGCAAAUUUAAGCGCAUGCGCUGCGUAGAUGAGAUAGGACUAAGAUUUUCCGACAUCCAUGGCUUAGGGAAUGGCCUUGAUCCCACUAACCACCGUUUAAGAAAAGAAAGUUAUGGCAGCAAUACUACCGAGGUUGCCUAUCCCAGUUGGAUUUCCUUGUUGAUCUCGACAUGGAUGAAACCUUUUCGUCUAUUCUAUUUGGUGGCCAUCGCUACUUGGAUAGUCCAAAAAUACUACAUCUAUGCUGGUCUUAUUGGAUUCGCUGCCCUAGUUGAGGCGGGGUCGAGCGUUUUUCUUCAGUUUCAGCAUCGACUUCGUUUACAUCGUCUGUCGCUUCUCAAUUGCGAAGUAACGGUUCUCGGCCCUGGUCGUGAAAGACGUCUGAUAAUGUCGGAUGAUCUAGUACCAGGGUCAGUAAUUCAAUUGACAUCAAAAGAUAAUAUCACAAUGCCGUGUGAUGCUGUAAUUUUGUUUGGCAGUUGCAUCGCUCGAGACUCAGCUGCAGCCAAUCCAAAGCACAAGUACCAGUUGCCUAAAUCUAGAAUGGAACUGUACGAUCGGCAGAAGCACCGCCAACAUACUCUAUUCCGCGGAUCUUCCAUUGUUUUGCGAACUGAUAAGGUCAUUGCCUUAGUUAUCCGAACCGGGUGGAGUACGGAGAACGGCGGUGCCUUUGCAGACAAAAUGGCUGGUAUUAGCUGUCCAUCGAUUUUUGAUCGUCAUCGUGACCACUUGUUUUUACUUCUCGGCUUAACUGGAUUAUGUGCUGCCGCAUAUGGAAUUUAUGUCAGACAUUCCUCACUUGAUAUUCCGAAUCUUAUCCUUACGGGAAUGAGUUUAAUCGUCAUUUGCCUCCCGCCGUUAUUUUCUCCUGCGCUAUUGCUUACCAGUCUUUAUCCGAUUGUCCGUCUUCAUCUGCAUGGAUUCUGUUUGAAUUCUUUUGAUGAACCUAGUUCCGUUUUAAAUCGCGUAGGUGCCACGGACACCGUCUGUUUGCUCAAGAAUGCACUUAUGCGAGAUGCAGAUAUGAAAUUGCUCAAAGUUUCAUCCACCAGGUACGAUGAGUGGACACGUGAUCCGCAGCUCACCUUAUGCAUGGCCUCCUGCCUCAACCAUUUCACGCCGAAUGACUUUAAGGUGUUUUCGACUGCGGCAUGGAAAAUUAUUACCGACCAGAACAGCCACAGAGUGCAAUCAGUUUGCAAUGAAUAUGAAAGCUUUCGUAUAACCAAAAUCUAUGCCGAUGAGACUCAUUCUUCGUUACCAUUCGUGCUAGUCAGAGCUGACCCAAUCGAAUCGGUAAACGCGGCUUCAUGGUAUUUCAUCCGAGGCCCAUAUUUAAGUGUUGUGGAGUUCGCCGAGGAGUAUUCGUUUGAUCACAAAGAAGAACAGUUUGAGCUGGUGGCAUUUGCUGGACGCCCACUGACUGAAACGGAGAAGUUGUCGACUCUUGAACCGGAUUUAAAUCUUCUGUUACGGAAAUUUCAGCUGUUAGGCGUAGCCUCAGUGGAUUGUAACAUAUCAAAAGAUGCUAGUGCAGCUGUUUCACUUCUUCGCUCAGCCAACAUUAGAACCUUGAUGAUAUCAAAUAGAGACGUCAGAGAAGCCGUUCAUCUGGCCCGCACCGCUGGGAUUAUCCUCAACAAAGAACCUGUGGCCCAGAUAGAAAUUCCGUCAAUGGAAGGAUUACAUCCUCCAUCGCUGACAGUCAUCGAUCUUCCAGAAACUGGUUUAGGAAUUGAUCUUGGAGAAAACAGUAUUCAGCGAAAGGCUCACGUCGUUCUGACUGGUGACAUGUUGGAUGCAUUGCUAGAGUCAUUUCCAGAAAUGGUGGACCAGAUUGUUGGCCGUGUAGCUGUGUUUGCCUCUGCAGACGCACUCCAAACGAAUCGCUUCUUGGAGAAGCUGAAUGGACUGAAUCACAAAAUACUUGUAUGCAAGGACGCUGAAGACUGCUACCUCACGGUGCCGGUAAAUUGCCUGACUCUGGCUCCACAAGAUGAACAUCACAUUUUGCAUCGGGAUGUGUGCAAUAGUGAAUCAAUCAGCAGUAUUGGGGAGUUACUAGGACAGAGCCGAGCCUCUUUAGUGGGAUCUCUUGGGAUCAGCAAGCUUAUGGUGUGCUACAUGGCUGCCCGGCUUACUUCCACUCUAUUACUGUAUGAUAAUCCGUCUCCGGCUAUCCAAACCCUCUUCGUCGAUCUCGUUUUAGUUAUGGCUCCUACGAUGUUAUUUGGUUUCACGCAACCGAAUAAUCAUUCUCUCUCGAAAAAAAGGCCAUCCCAAUCGAUCUUCUGUUUGAAAGAAAUAUUGUCCGUCCUUUUUCAGCUGGCACUCGUCGUAGCCACACAAUAUUUUGCGCUAAUCAUGGCUCAGCACCAGCCAUGGUUUGAAAGAACUUUGCUGAAAACGAAUUGGACAGAUGAUUCCUUUACUUUAUCAGACGAAAACUAUGCAGUUUACUCCUUGUCCCUCUUUCAGUAUUUAAACCUAUUUGUGGUAUUUUCGUCAGGAGCCCCUCAUCUCCGUAGAAUUUGGAGUAAUCUAGGUCUUACUUUGUACCUUCUAGCCCUGGCAAUCUUUUGCUCUGUUGUAGUUCUAGAACCACCGGAACAACUCAAAAUUUUUAUGGCGUUGAAAACUCCACCUAUCUUUGACUUCCGUCUGGCACUGUUCUCGCUAGCCGUCAUUUACAUAUUCACUUCCUUAGGAAUUCAAUGUCUGAUUGAUUAUUGCUUUGUUCCAGUUUGCUUCUCACGUGCAUCGCCUCGUAGUUUAUCGGAUCUGGGAGGUUUAGAUAGUGUUAAUGUCAACGUUUUAUAUCGACCUUCCACUUUAACGACCCAAACACAUCAGCUUGCCAGUGAGAAAGUUCCCCAACCCACCACCUUAAACUUACCCAUUUUUUAAGUGUAGCAUGCCAAGAUCGAUCUUCCUGUUCUUGUGUGAUAUUUUAUCGACUCAUAUGUUUUAAAUAAUAAAUUAUUACAGACAACCGAA